AUGAAGGUAACUGAAGAUCAUCACAGAGAGGACAGGGCGACUGAAGAUCAUCAGAAAGUAGAGUGGGCGACUGAAGAGCAUCACAGAGAGUACAGUGCAACUGAAGAGCAUCACAGAGUGGAAAGGGCAACUGAAGAGCAUCACAGAGAGGACAGAGCGUCUGAAGAGCAACACAGAGUGGACAGGGCGACUGAAGAGCACCACAGAGUGGGGCGGGCGACUGAAGAGCAUCACAGAGAGGACAGGAUGACUGAAGAACAUCACAGAGAGGACAGGGCAAGUGAAGAGCAUCACAGAGAGGAAAGGGCAACUGAAGAGCAUCACAGAGAGGACAUGGUGACUGGUGAGCAUCACAAAGUAGAGGGGGCGACUGAAGAGCAUCACAGAGAGGACAGGGUGACUGAAGAACAUCACAGAGAGGACAGGGCGACUGAAGAGCAUCACAGAGUGGAAAGGGCGACUGAAGAGCAUCACAGAGAGGACAUGGCGACUGAUGAGCAUCACAAAGUAGAGAGGGCAACUGAAGAGCAUCACAGAGAGGACAGGGUGACUGAAGAACAUCACAGAGAGGACAGGGUGACUGAAGAACAUCACAGAGUGGAAAGGGCGACUGAAGAGCAUCACAGAGUGGAAAGGGCGACUGAAGAGCAUCAGAGAGAGGACAGGGUGACUGAAGAACAUCACAGGGAGGACAGGGCGACUGAAGAGCAUCAGAGGGGACAGGGCAACUGA